AUGACACUAGAAAAAGAACUUAUCUUGAGGCUUAAUGUGGGUCAUAACACUGUGAUAAGAGACGUCCAGUUGUGGCGUGAAUUUGAGGACGGUGAUGGCCAAAUUGCAGUGAAAAAUUGUCUGGCAGAAGUUGUUGGAAUGGUCAACAUUGAUAAGCUGCCGUUUUGGCUCAAUAGAGGUCAACGGUACCAAUGCUUCACUACUAGCGAGACCAGCGUCAAUUAUUUCAGAGCGAAGUUGAUGAGACAACGACACAGGAAUCGAGGAAUUGUAUGUAAAGUAACGGGAUCCCAAGUGUUGACGAAAGAGCAAUUCGAAUAUUUCCUAUUCUACAAGCGUUUGAAGACCGAUAUAAACGCGUCUUUCGAAAUUGAAUCGAUGGUACUUCACUUAUCGACUAAACACGAACUUGAUAAGAAAUUGAUACCGUUAUCAGCCGACGAACUACAAUCUGUUGUGCCAAGUAACGCUGGAGCAACGAUGUCGAUCGAAUCGAUUCUAGAGAAGAACAAACGUCAGCGAAUACUGAAAAGUAACUCGUUGAACAAACAAGUCUUGCUCAACGAUCAACAGCAGCAAUUUAUGUCGUUGCUGUCUCAGUGCAUACUUUCAGGACUCAGGCUACGAGGAGUUCAUCGAACUCAACACGAAAAAUUGUACAAGAUGACGUACAAGGCGUCUGAAUUCGCUUUCAGAGACGAACUCAGAGAAACUGAACCCAUUAGUUUUGAAUCGAUCCAAGACUGUGUAGAAACACUACUGAAACUGUUUACGAAGACCUGA